AGAAGAGAAAGACAAUGUUCAGAGAUUCAGUGAGGGACAGAAAAUUCCGUUUCCUCCUUGGUGUUUAGUGUUAGUGAAAUGAUUAUGCUAAUUUUAUUUAUAUGGUAACCAUCCGUAUGCAAAGAGUAGCCUAGCCUAUGAAUCCUGUUGUUAAUAGCCGUUAAUCUAGGGAGUUUCCUGGAUCUCGUUAUAGGCUAGCUUAAUACAUUAACUUAGUACUGUAUUAACUAAAUCAUGUCAGGUUACCGAAGGGUAAACUACUAUGAACUAUGUCGCCUGUGUGUAUCAAGUGAAGGUGCUAAAAUGCACAUUUUUAGAGAAGAGGGAAGGAGAAGACAGUUGCCAUCAAAAAUUCAAAUGUGUCUACCACUGCAGGUGCAGGAAGAUGAUUCUUUGCCAAAAAUUAUUUGCAACCAGUGUGUUGAAAAACUAGAAAGUUUUUUUGACUUUCGGAAAUCCUGUGUGAAUGCAGAAGCAAUGCUUGAGAGUUAUUUCACGUCAUCAAGAUAUUCUCCUGAGUUCAUAAGAGAAGGAAAGGUAUACGUCAAAGCUGAAAGCCCUCCGAAAAAGAAGAGCCAAGCAGAAGAAGCACUGAAGGUGCCGAAUGUGUCAGGGCCAGUGAGUGUGGAUAGUAUCAGCAGUUUGGUCCAGGCUGGCAGCAUCCAGAUCAUCAGUCCUGCUGAGUCUGAGCCUCCGCGGCUGUCUCAGUACAAGUGUACCCUAGAUAUGCAGCCAAACUCCAUGGCGCAGGUGGUGGAAUCGCCGUCUGUGAGUUAUGCUUAUCAUACCAACACCAAUGUAGCCACUACCAACACCUCACCUGGUGUUACACUGCUGAAGACUGAGGACAGCACACAAACUGACAACCACCGCUCGGAAAACACACAUAUUCAUGAUCAUAUGGAUCAAGGAACCACAACAUACUACGUCAGAGUGCCUAACACAGUUGAGCAGAACAGUUCUCCGGGACACAGUGAAAACAGUGAGGUGGUGGAAGGGGAAACAAUCCAUCAGACCAUCACCUUCGCUCCUAACCAUGGACAGGAUAUGCUCGUUCACUUUGGCUUCAACAACAAAGAUAACAAGGACCAGAACAAUACAGCUACCAUCAUCCGAACUGAUGAGCGCGAGUCCAUAGCCCAGAUCGGGGAGUUUCUCCGAAUGAAGACGGUGGUGGUGGAGGAAGAAGUGGCGGACAGUUCGAUGUGUGACCAGUGUGGCAAACACCUAGAGACUGCGGAGCAACAAGCGAACCACGCAAUGAACUGCUCUGCCCAUGACAACAAGGACGCAGCCGGACACUAUGCCUGUGACAUCUGUGGCAAACCUUUCAAGCGAAAGGAACAUCUGUUCCAGCAUCGGAAACUACAUACGGGUGAGAGGCCGUACUCUUGUACAACUUGUGGGAAGUCAUUCAGUCGCAAGGAGCAUCUUGUACGACACUCAGUGUCUCACACUGGACAGAAGACGCACGCUUGUGACAUGUGCAGCAAAUCUUUCUCGAGAAAGGACAAUUUGCGCAAACACCGCAAGACUCACGGGAUUGCUGGACCUUACGUUUGUGAGAUCUGUCACAAGUCUUUUGUUGUAAAGCACUAUUACCUGAUGCACAAAGCCACCCACGCGACGUCAGAAACACCUGAGGAACCGAUUGAGGCUCCACCAUUCCGCUGUGAUGUCUGUCAUAAAGGUUUCUCUACCAAGCAGUAUUUGAUCUCCCACAAGAUGCUCCACAAUCGCAAGUCAGUUGUUAACGGCGAUAACACGUCUGGACAGGAACACCAGAGUCACAGUGAGUCUGACGAGCCACAAGAGGCAAUCACACUGUCCACGGUGAACGCUGCAGCCAUCUUGCCUCCCAAUGUGAUCCACAACGGGACCACCACGCCGGUGUUUCAAGUGACGUCGGGAAACACGACGUACUUGGCGACUGCUGCCACCACUCAGAUGCUGGAGAACUACAGACGGCUCCACGCCUCCUCGUGACCCCCCACCUCACGGUAAACUCAAUACCAAAGGUUGUGUUAAGUCCCUGUUACCUAGAAUUACAAGUAGUAAGACUAAUUAUACCGGGGUUGUAUAACAGAUUUAAAAUUCAAAAUACUUAUUAUUUUUCAUGUUUUGUUAAUUUUGAAACCGAAUAAAACAGUAAAUGUUGCGAGUAUUCUUACCUUAGGUGAGAUAGAUAGAUCAUUGUGCAGAUUAAAGCGUAUUUUGCCUGUCGCCAGUUUUUAAGUAUUUUCUGCUUUCCAGAUAGAAACAUAAUAUAUCAUAACACACAUUAUAUGAUGAAAGUAUUAUUUUACCUUGGAAUCAAAUUCCAACCCAGUUAAAAAUUUAUAAAACCCACCUCCAAAAAAUUAAGUGAAUCAAAUCAACAUAAUCAUAUCAGUAUUAAUAAUUAGUUUGUUAAGUUCAAGUUUUGGCAUAAACUGUAUCUAUUCUAGGUAUCCAGCAAUUAGUUCUAUGUAUGUAGUAGAAAAUGUAAAAUAAUGUAGUUUGGUGUCAUAUUUUGAGAUUUUUGGGUACAGUUUUGAAUCAAAACGUAAUGAAUUGGGAAAGUGUUGUGUAUUUACAGCAAAAUUGCAAACUUUUGUUAUUAUUCCAGCAUGUUAAUCUAUUCAUUUUUAUUUUUAAGGGUUGCUUAAUGGAUACCGUACUUGUAAUCUCCAAAGACAAUGUUAACAAAAGUUUGUUUUUUAUGUAAGGAGUAGACCUGACUUAGGUGAGUCUUGAAAGUACUCGGAGAUCAAUUCACUCAUUAGGUGGAAAACAAUUGUAGUUUGAAAUAGUGGUAAGUUUAAUGAAACUUACAUAAAGUAAAUUAUUAUUGUUUUACAAUCUUUUUUACCAGGUUAUCACGAUAGUUUUAUUUUUAUGUUAACCAACUUAUUUGUUAAACACAUGGUUGGUUAUUUUUCUACGUUUUUUUUCAUGUUCUUAUCUUGAUAUGGUUUGUAUAUUAGUAUUUUAUUUAUCAUUGAGGCACAUUUAUUUUGUCUGUUAAGCAAAACGAACUUGUAUACUAAUCAUAAUACUAUUUACAUAUUAUGUUAGAAUCUAAAGCUUAACUAGAUUCUAAAUUGACACAUUUAGUGACUUAUCUAACAUAUUUUAGAUUACGUAGACAAGUUAGUCUUGAAAUACUUGAUAUGCGGUUGUUUGAAUUUUGACUGAAAAGGCAAACCUAAAAUAAGGCUAACAAGAAACCAGGUUACCCAAAUCAGAUGUAUUGGCGAAGUGUUUAUCUGAAGUAUAUUUCCACUAUCGGUCAAUAAAUGUGUAAAAUUUUAAGACAAAUUUGUUUAGUUUAUAUAUUUAUUUUUUUUAACAAAUUUUUUAGUUUGGUCUUUUAUAUUUUUUUGGGAAAAACAUUUAGUCUUGCAUAUGAAUGAUAUUAAGUAUGACUUUGAAAUGCAAAACAAGUAGGGGUUGGAAUUUGUACUCACAAAGUCUGAUAAUAAAGGUGGAGUAAGAAUUGUCUCCUCCAAAUUUGUUUAAGGUAAAAUUAAAAUACCCCUGCCACAGCAAACAUAACUAAGCAAAUUUUAAAAUAUUCAUCACGUAUGUUGGUGCGAUCGCCAGAAAUCAUCACAGAUGUUGCCACACUUGCCAGAAAUCAUUACGGAUGUUACUGAUAUCAAAGGGAAAUCAACACAAAUUUUGCCUUGAUAAAAAAAAUAAGAUCACUUAAAUUGCUGCAAUUGGAACAAAUUAGAGUAUAAUGAGUAUAUGGAAUUCACCAAAGGGUUUUUGAAUGUACUUGCAGGUGUUAAGUUUUGCGUAUUUGAGCGUCAAGUUUUGCUUUGUAAAUUUUGAACCUGGAAAACCAGAAAUUGUCCUUAAAUUGUACGAUUUACUCAAUUUUUAACCCAUACAGCCCUGUUCCCUUAGUCCAAUUAUGCUGGUUCGAGAACUCGUUCGAAUAAAUAGUUGUUCAAGAAAACACCACUAUUAUUACUGUUGUAUAACAAAAUUAAUUUUUGUUUAAUGAACUUGCCCAUUUUAUCGAUUCAAGAUCAUUAGUUUGACUAUAAACACCAAUUUAUUUUGUGCCGUUAAAAUUAAGUUGGUAAGACCUGAAUGUCAGGUGAUUGUAUUUGGAACGGUUUAGCUAGUCUUCCCACAAGUUAAACAUUUAAGGAAUAAGUCAUAAUCAUCACUAUAUUUUAUUUUAUAUCAAAAUAAUGCUAGGGUAGUGAGUAGAUUAUUUUGUAAGCUAUAACUUUGUUUUAAAAGUUGAUAACUACAUUUGUAUUGCCUUUAUACCAGUGAAUAUUGGAUAAUUUAUUUUAGUGUACAUAAUGAAGCCAUAAUAAAAGUGUUUAUAUUUUUUCAUUUUAAUAAUUUUUGUGUGUACAAAUAUGAAAGAUAAUAUAUUUUACAUAAUCUUGUAGGCCCAUUGAUGAGUAAUUGUAAAGUAUGAUCUUGUGUGUAAAU